AUGCUGGACCCAAGGGGAAGGCGUUUCACGGCUGGGCGCGACGCCGAAAUAGCGCGCGGCAACCGCAGCGAACGUGCAGCCCGCCGAGCGAAGCUUCGUGGCGGCCACGACUGGCUGCGGCGCGUUCUGGUCGGGCUCAUGCACGCCGCGCACGCAAAUUUAAAUCAGUGGCGGGGCGCAGCGACACCUCGCGCCAUCACGGGAUCAGCUCGGCGGCUUCAGCGGCAGGCGGCUGGCAACCAGCGUCGCUGCAGCUCGGGGGGUGGCGGCGGGGGAGGAGUGACGCAGCAAGUUGCUGCAGUUGAAGGCGGCGCAGCGCCAAGGGACCAAGUGGCUCCGAUCCGAGCUUUGCCCUGA